ACUUGUACCCCCUUCCUGCCUACAGGGCACUUGUACCCCCUUCCUGCCUACAGGGCACUUGUACCCCCUUCCUGCCUACAGGGCACUUGUACCCCUUCCUGCCUACAGGGCACUUGUACCCCCUUCCUGCCUACAGGGCACUUGUACCCCCUUCCUGCCUACAGGGCACUUGUACCCCCCUUCCUGCCUACAGGGCACUUGUACCCCCUUCCUGCCUACAGGGCACUUGUACCCCCUUCCUGCCUACAGGGCACUUGGCACUUGUACCCCCUUCCUGCCUACAGGGCACUUGUACCCCCUUCCUGCCUACAGGGCACUUGUACCCCCUUCCUGCCUACAGGGCACUUGUACCCCCUUCCUGCCUACAGGGCACUUGUACCCCCUUCCUGCCUACAGGGCACUUCUACC